CCCGUACACACAGCCCUCUCACGCGUCACUGGUCACCAUGGUCACUCACUGCAGCCUUGUACACACUGCAUGCACGCCCACGUGCACGGCCGGCUGAACUCAACAACAAAAAAGUGACAUGCCUUUUUUCAAUCGAAAUCAAUGACAAAAUACUAAAAUAAUUGCAGUUUCAUUGUUGUUCCUUUGAAAUUGAGCUGUGAGCUGUGAUGGAAAGAAGGGCUAUUUGGUAGAAAAAGGAGCAGACAUUAGGAUGCCUGAAGUAUCUCUAUUGAAGGUGGAAAGCCCCGGAGAGUUCUGGAUUAGAUUCAGAGUUGGCGAAGAUGGAGUCGCCACGUUGCAGAAACUGUCGGAACUCGAGCAGCAUCUGAAUGACCUUUCUCUAUCCGUUCCUGGACGACUGUCGUCACCGAGCCCUGGCCAGAACGUCCUCGUUAAGGAUAAGGAUGAUCGCCAGUGGUACCGCGGUAGGAUACACCAUUUGCUGCAGGGUUCGGAUGGAGUUCUGGCACGAGUCUUCUAUCUGGACUAUGGCCAGACAGUGACGGUGAAGGCUGACAGUCUUCGACCGGCACCGGCAAACUUUGACUCGCUGGAUUGGCAGGCAAAGCAGUGUACUCUACAUGGCGUCAAGCCAUUGUCUCUUCACUUCUCCCUGGACUACAUGCAGCAGGUUCCAAAGUCAGGACAGAAAUGGGACGAAUCAGCCAGAAACUUCUUUCACAAAAGUAUCAAAGAUCAGCGUCUCUCGGUGGAGGUGAUGGACGUAUCUGGUGAUGGUGUGCUCCGUGUCAACCUGUAUGCUGGAAAGACAUCGGUCAGCAAACUUCUUGUCGCAGAAGCAUACGCAACUGAAGCAGAGGAAGAUGUUGUCUCUACUUCUCCAAACGUUACGACGCCUGUGAGCAGUGCAACACCUGCGGUUAGUGUAGCCCAAAAUGGUGAGCAGUACCACUCUACGCGCCCGGAGAGUCGCCCUGGUCUGGCCGGUCGCCCACUUGACGACAGCUAUGGUCCGCCAGAGAAGCGCUCCUGGUCACAACCGCGUGCUACAAAGAUACCAAGUCCCCGGAUCACAAGCACUUCUAGCAAACAUUCUACUUCGCUGGAUGAUCGCGUUUUACGUCGACUGGCUCGCUGCUUGCAGUCUGUGUGGGCAGACCUGGCCUAUGAAUUAAACUGGUCUUCUGCUGACAUCAACCAAUUGAAGGCAAAGGCAGCAGGCAGCAGCAUUGAAGCAUGCUUCAUGCUUCUAAAGAGCUGGCAGCAAGAGGACCUGACCGGAGACAAACUUAUUCUGGUGAUGUCUGACGCUGGCUUUGUUGAAGAAGCGGAGCAGGCUGCUAAUGUGUUAGAUGCAUGUCUAGAGAGUUCCCGACGCAAUGCUGACACGUCUCGUGGCAUCCAGCAACGCAGUAGCAGCGAUGCUUCGACAACGGAGAACAGCAGGCAGUGUGCAACCAGUCAUCCUGUAACGGCAUCUUCCUCGAAUGAGCCAUUGGCCAGGUCUUCAUCCACCAGCUUUGACUCAUCCUCGCCUCACGGCCAUGCGUCCGGCAUCUGUGAUCGGCCAGCGGUGGCUGGUCCUGCUGCUAAUGCGCCGUCAAUUGCAGAUACGAAGGGUAAAACGCCACCGCCGCCGAAAGUUAGCCGUGGCCGCGGCGCAGCCAUUGCCUCAGCCAUUGCCAAUCUAUCCACCACUCCAGUCGGCGGCAUGGCAGCAUCAGAGAAACGCUCUCCGGCCAGUGCAGGUGGCCAGACUCCUACUUCUGCUACCUGCACUGCUCCCGUUGGCGAUAGGCCUGCUUCCCCGGAGAACGUUUCACCGGCGAGUGAUGCACACAGGCCUGGACCCAGUCCAGCGGCAUCGCCAUUGAAGCCGGUCAUUGGCCUCCGUAGCCAGCCCACCGGUACAGAGCGUAUGCAGCGCUACCAUGCUGUCACUGCUCCCAGGACUGCUGCAAUUACCAAAGGGCAGUCGUCGGACGAAUCGCCAAUCAGCAGCGACGACCGCAGCCCUGGCACUGGUAUUCGCGGCAUGCAAGGUGCCAUGUCCGGCAGAGGCAGCGACUCGGAUACCAAACGUCAUCCUCGCCACCGAGGCCAGAGAAGUCGCUUUGAUCUGCACUGUAUCAGGCAGGAUGCAAACUGUCACGGCGAAGCCGCUGAUGAGAUCACCGCUCAGGCUAGAGAGAUGCGCAAUCGCAUGCACGAGAGUAUUUCUCGGAAGUCGGGAGGAUUUGUUCUUGUACGCGGCCAACAUACUCCUGAGCCGGCUGACAGCGUGGCCGGCGUGCAUUCGUUUCCGAACGCGCUCGUCACCCGGUGCGAGAAGUGUGAUUUGACGGCGGCCCGUCCAGUGCAGAGUUACUGCUGGCCGGCUGUGAUGCGUGGCCACGACGUUGCCUGCGUAUCGCCGCGAGGUACCGGAAAGACACUGGGCCACUGUGUUCCGCUGCUGGCCAAGAUCAUGAACCCGACCUUCACGCGAUCCAUGCCCAAAGGCAUUGGCCCCUUCAUUGUCGUCCUGCUGCCGUCUUGGAGCAAGGUCUUGGCUGCGCACGCGAUGUAUGAUAAUCUGGGCGACAGCACACGCCAAAACCCGUGCCGUUCGUUCCCGAUUCACGGAGGUGGCUCGGAAGAGGAGCAGGUAACCAAUCUUAUCAAUGGCUGUGAAAUCAUCAUUGCUACUCCUGCAUCACUGCUACGGCUACUUCAGAAGAGGCAAACAAGCCUGGCCCGACUGUGUCACCUGGUUCUUGAUGAUUGUGAUCAGCUUGGAGACUUGUUUACUGAUGAGCUCGACGCUAUUAUGAAAUUGCUGGAAGAGUCUCUGGCUGCGAAUAGUUCUCGUUCACCACCCCAAGUGUUGCUCUAUACAUCAACAUGGACACCAAAGGUUGGUGCUCUCAACAAGGCCUACCUGCAGAAUCAGCUGACGAUCGUCUGCAGCAAGCUGGAGAUGGCGGUGUCAACGGGAUGCAACAUGCUGGCUCAUGUCACCAGUGCCGAGAGCCGCUUCACAGAGCUGCGCCGUAUUGUCGACACGAUCGCGGAGGGCCAGCGCGGCGAUCGCAUUGUCAUCUGCACAUCGUCUGCACAGCAUGCUGAUCGGCUCAAGGAGAUUUUCAUGCGCUACUCUCACUCGGUGCUCUGCGCGCACGAGAAUCUCGUUCACGAUCAGCUCGAGACUGCCCUGACACACUGGCGUACACCGUGCAGCAAAGCCUCCGUGCCAUUACUCAUCGUCACUGACUCUGUUCUGCUGAAGAUGAGCAUUGAUGAUGCACAUUGCGUCAUUCACUUUGAUUUCCCCUCCUCAAAAUCGGCUUUCGGCCAUCGCCUUGACUGCCUUCGCAAGGCUUUCCUCGCGGGACAGACGGAAUUAUGCAGCAGUCAUUUGUUCAUCUCGGAGGAAGAUGUCGAGUCUGCUCACACUAUUAUGCAUUUGCUGAAGCGCUUCGGCUCAGAGGUUCCCAAAGAGUUGUUGAAGCAGAGCGCCCAGGCAGUGCAGUUACGCGAGGAGAAACGCCGCAGUCAACCGCUGUGCACCAGUCUACGCCAGUGGGGCGCGUGCUCGCAGUUCAACGAAGGUGUCAGCAGCUGCUCUAUGCGUCACGUCGUCCUGGAGGAAGUCGACCAGCCGUCCGGCAUUCCCACCGAAGGCUACGUCAAGGUGAUCGUUAUGAGUGUGGUAUCGGCCAGUCACUACUGGGGUCGAAUUGUCAGUCAUCGCUCACUAGCCAGUGAUGUUCAUUCGAAGAUCCAGAACCGUACCUACCUUAACCUCACCAUGGACCUGGCCAUUUUCUACAGCAACCCGGAGAAUGUCGUCCAGAAGGAUGAUGUGAAAGUGGGUGAUUUGUGUGCGUGCACCAAUGCUCAGCAAGCUUAUUGCAGGGCCCGUGUACUGGAGAAGAUGCAACGCGGUGCUCGCCUUCUAGUUAAGGUCCAUCUUCUGGACGAAGGUCGGGAGGUCGUUGUGAAGCAGGAUAGCCUCCAUGAACUGCCGCGUCACCUAGCUGAAAUUAUUCCUCAGGCGAUUGAGAUAUUUGCGUGUCGUCUUCGGCCGUGCGACCAGGAAGACCACUGGACACCUCAGGCAACCGAGCUGGCCAAGACGCUGCUAAAUCGAACGCUGAAUGGCAAGGUUGCGCUCAGCAUGAAGGGUUGCCUGUGGCUGGACCCGCUCAUCGAGCAGCAGAUGCUCAGCAACCUCCACGUCUUGGAGACCACCGUCAACAUACGCUAUGAGCUUCAAGAGAAAAAGCUGGCGUCCAGCAACCCCACGCAUCUUGCCAACUUGACUAAGAUGAUGGCAUCGUGGGCACCGCCGAUCCUCACACCCAAAGCGUGUGACGAUGUGGUCUUGCUACAGCGACUGGACCAGAUGGGUCUGUCUUCCGAAGGCUACACAGAGGUCAUUGUGUCGCAUAUCAACUCACCCUCUGAUUUCUAUGUUCAACAGAAGAAGUCUACUGGUCUGCUAGAGGACCUACAGGAUUGGAUUCACUAUGAAUCGGGUAACCCAGCUGAUCGACCUGCAGCUCCGGAGAAGCUGCAUGUCGGUGGCUUUGUACUGUGCCAUGCCUCUGCCGAUGACAACUGGUACAGAGCAAAGGUCAUCUUGCGUCAGGGCGAGCAGUACUCAGUGCAGUACGUGGACUUUGGCAACAAGGAAUGGCGAAGCAGCGAACACCUGAGGCCACUGUUGCGUGAGCCACAGAGUGAGCUACCAGCGCAAGCCAUUCACUGUUCCCUGGCGGACAUUUUGCCAGCCGGUGAUGAAUGGAUCAAGAGCGACCAGGACGAGCUGGAUAAUUUGGUACAGGACAAGGAGCUGUUAGCCAAGGUCAGAGAGGUUUCUAAUCAAGAUAGCAAUGUGGCAACAUUUGUGGUGGAGCUGUACGACACCUCAUCUGGCCAAGAUGUGUUAGUCGCCGCUGAGCUCUCUAAAUCUGGGCACGGAAAACUCUUGCCAUCAGCUUUGAGCUUUUUGAUUCCUGAGAGUGUAACCGUGGCAGAGUAUGCCGGACAGCUUGGUGAUGUUGCGGUCACAAAGCUGACUGAUUUCUGCCGCUGCCUACUCCACUACAAGGACCAAGAUAUGUUGUUGGAGCUAGCCUCAGUUGUGCAUGCCCUUGUGCGAGACAAUGACAAGUAUCGCCCUGAGUUCCUGAAGACUACAGGGCUGAAUCUGUUAUGCCGUGCUCUGGAGGUGGUCGAGACGGACGCCAUCAGGGAACAUCUUGCUGGAGUGCUCUCGUUGUUGAUUGACUGCGGCCAUGGGGUGUGUGAGUCAAUAGCCCGCUUCCAUGGGAUCAAGGCAAUGUGUCAGUUCCUAUCACCACUUUCAGAGCCAUCGCUUAUAGUCGUAUGUUGCUCUGUCUUGAGGAAACUGGCUGCAACGUCUCAGAUUGUGCGUGAUGCAGUCCGUGACGAUGGUGGCGUUCGAGUACUUUGUCAGCUCCUGUCACAGGCAUGUCAGGAUCCACAGGUUGUGGAAGCAAUAGUAUCAGCCAUGAUAGCUUUUGCUGGUGACAGUACACGAAAUUGCGAGGCUCUUCGUAACGAGGGCGUUGUGCAGGCAGCCGGCAGUAUCUUCAGCCAGGAGACCAGCGUGCGGUCUCACGAGCAAGCGUCGCGCUGCCUAGAGGUCAUCGCCACCCACUGUCCACGAGCGGCCACCAGCUUCAGAACGACAGGCGCUAUUGUGCAGCUGUCCAACGUCAUGCUGCAGUGUCACAACGAUAAGUCUAUGGUUCAGUUCAUCCGCUGCCUGAAGGCAAUGAUUGGAGAGGACGAAGCCAAUAUUGAGUACGCGUCAUCUGUGGGCGUGCACGAGCACUUGCGAACCAUACUGUCCCAUCGGUGUGGCAUGGUCACACGUGGUCUUGCUAUGGACCUGCAGCGACGCGUCCCACCAUUCAGUAUCUCCACACGUCAUUCGUUGGUGUCGGCUGAGAAUAUCAAUGCCCUAGCAAACAGAGCCAAUGGUACAGCGGAUGUGGAUACGCAUGAUUUGGUUGUGGAGCUUGACGGUGGCUGUCAAACCAUUCGGCCAAAGAUAGUGUGGGCCCAGCGGCGAGGUUUCCUCAAGCUGUCGUUCUGCGUGGCUGAUGUGGUGAAACGGCAGCUGCAGGUCAAGGACAACCAAAUCACAUUCCUCACUGUUGUCGAUCGGCAGACCUACCACGUUGAGUUGGUUUUGUUUGGUGACGUUCUAACAUCUGACCUACAAGAGAAGUUUAUAGGAACGUCAUACAGCUUGAUUGUGAAGAAGAAAGAGGAGUGCUUCUGGCCACGACUCUUACACACCAAGGUCAAGGCACCAUUCAUUACUUUGGACUUUGAUAACUAUGAUGACUCAGAUGAGGAAGAGGAGAGGAGACAAAUAGCAGAAUUGCGCCGACAGAGGCGGCGCAGAAAGCAUGAACUACGCAACGCAGAGGGCGGGCCAGACAUGGAAGACGACGAAGAGUACAACUCUGACUUUGAUGAUGAUAGUGAUGUGGAUGGUUUCUUCGACGGAUAUGCACCCUUCUGAGAAAAGCAGAUGUUUGCCUUGUUACAAUUCUGAUUGAGUAUCAUCUACAUCUACAAUUAGGUUGCUUUGAUUAACGUUUUGAAGAAGGAGAAGAAAAAGGAUCAUUUCCCUGUGUUCUACUGUUGCUGCUGCUGCUGCUGUUUUUUUCCUGUUGUGUUUUAGACCUUUCGUGAAUAACGUUACAUUGAUCUUCGUUUGCAUACAUUUUGAAGCAGGCUCUUCCCUGCGAAACUUUUAAAGAUUUAUCUUUUAUUCUGACUUAUUUUUGGUACUCGAAGUAUUUUGUGGGCUUCUCAGUCCUGGGUCUUUUCUUUUUUCAUGCUAAGUUCAGCUUUCUACAUGGGGCGAUCGUUUCAAAAUUGGGUGAAGCUUGCCGGAUUCCUUUGUCCGCGUCUAGUAUCACUCUUUCUUAGUAAUCUGCUUCCCAUUGCUCCAAGCCUUCUUAUGAGCAACACGAUCCUUUCUGUCGAUUGAUUUGGUUUUGUGGGCCAUGCUUUCUUCUCAUACCAGUUUGGGCUUUUGACUUCUUCUGAGGCUCUGUCAAGAGAAACGUUUCUUCUUUUUAAUGUA